AUGUGCCUGCAAUACAUUAUCAGAUGCAGAUACUGCGGUUACUGGGAACACUACUCCUGGGAUCGCUGUCGCGAUAACAGGAUUCUCCUGGAGAAGGGAUGCGCUGUGGGCCAGCCAUCGCAACAUCCUUCUGAAUGCGAAAUGUUCCCCGAAGAGAACCGACAGCGGCUCAGACGCCAGAUGACGCCCUACGAGUGCCCUGUUGAAGAUUGUAAGAGCACGGCGAUUGCUAAGAAACUCUUUGAAGAGCGCGCCAAAGUUGAAGCCGAGAAAGCGGCUGCACUAGCCAAGGCUCGCGCCGAGUGGGAAGCAAAGGACAAGGCCAGAAAGGCAGAGUUUGCAGCCAAAUACUUUAGGAAGCUGCCUGUGGUGAGAUUCAGCGAGAGACGCCAGUCCUUCUUGAAUCUUCCUGCUUCAGACCCUACACAGAACGGCCUAACGCUGAAACUAUAUAAAAAGAAUGAUGCUUCGCCCAGAGCCGAUCGCGUACACUGGCGUGAUGAAUAUAUUACUACAGAGGAUUCAAGUGGCAAUAGUGUUGCUGCAUCCAUGGACAGCCAAGUUUUUGAGGACAGCGAGGACGAUGACUUUAUUUCCGAUUCGGAAGAAGAAGACGACGAAGAAGAAGAGAUUACGCUCUUUAACAGAUACAACGGAGCGAUUGAUAUCAAGGGCAGUGUUGAAGGAGGCAGACGCAGAGGCAAAGCCUUUGAGUUUCACGACGAUGGAAUGCCCAUUCGCACGGUGACGCCAUAG